GAGAUGUAAAUUGUAGAAGAGCAAUAUUACGAGACACUGAUGGUAUUUAGUCAGUGAAAUAUUUUAGGUUAUGUCAGGAAGAUGCACUCCAAGCACUUCCCCCAACUCUGAUCACUGACAUAAUGUUAUAUUGAGCUCUGACACCAUGGCUUUGGCAACUUAACCAUUGGCUUUCAUUUUUUUCAGAACGGGAAAUUAGUUGAAGAAUAUCGUGAACGAUUUUCGCUCGAGAUAAGAAGUGACCAAAUUUAUUUAAAUUCUGUAUAUAAAGAAGAUUCUGGCAAUUAUACGUGUCAAUUUAAAUUCUAUGAAAAUAAAAUCCCAUGGCUUGUGAAAAGGACAUUUCCUGUGAAUGUUAUAGGUAAGUGGAAAAAUGCACUGAUCAUCUUGAAUUGCUUUGUUAAGGACUUUCUUUGUAAACUUAAAGAUUUUUUUAAACUUUAGGGCACCACCGUUUUAUAGCGCAUGUUUUUUAAAAAAAAAAUAGCCUUUCCUUAGAUUGCCUUAUGUGCAGAAUAAUAGACUCUUAUUCAUUAUUUGAGUAGGAAUCAUGAAGAUAGGAGAGGAGAAAAAAAAUACCAAGACCUUUGUGCUGCACCUUUUCCAAGCAGGUAAAACAUUUUAAGACCUCCCAAUGAACUGGUCCUAGGUCAAUCAUUAUUCCGUUCAUCCAAUAAAAGAGUCCAAGGGCAGCACAGUGGAGCAGUUGGUGAAGCUGCUGCUCCUGUUUCUUCCCAGCUGUUAUCAGGCAACUGAACCAUCCUAUCUACAAUGAGAAAGCAGUCCUGAUCUACCAUCUACCACGUUGGAGACCCUUGGACUAUCUUUAACCAGACUUUCCUGGACUCUUAUCUUGCACUAAAAGUUAUUCCCAUUAUCCUGUAUCUAUCGCUGUGGUCGACUCAAUUGUAAACAUGUACAGUCUUUCUGAAGAUUGGAUAACAUGCAAUAAAAAGCUUUUCACUGAACCUCGGUACACGUGACAAUAGACUAGACUAGACUAAAUUAAACUAAACUCACAGCACCAGAAACCCAGGUUCGAGUGGGCGCUAUCUGUGUAGAGUAUGCAAUUUCUCCCUGUGACUGUGUGGAUUUCCCCUGAGUGCUCCUUUUCCUCCCACAUCCCAAAGACAUGCGAGCUUGUACUUUAAUUGGCCUCUGUAAAUUACCCUGAGUGUGUGGGGAGUGGAUGACAAAAUGAGAUCACAUUGAACUAGUGUGAACGGGUGAUGGAUGGUUGGUGUGGAUUGAUGGGCCAAUGGGCCUAUUUCCAUGCUGUAUGUCAUAGCAUCAGAGCAUUGCAAUUGAUUAUUUUACAACAUUAUUGUCAAGGGCGGUAUGGUGGCGCAGCGGUAGAGUUUCUGCCUUACAGCGCAUGAAAUCUGGGUUUGAUCAUGGCAAUGAGUGCUUGACUGUACGGAGUUUAUACGUUCUCCCUGUGACCUAUGUGGGUUUUCUCUGGGAUUCUCCCAUACGCCAAAGACUUACAGGUUUGUAGGUUAGUUGGCUUGGUAUAAUUGUAAAUUGUCCCUAGUGUGUGUAGGUGUGUGUAGAGUGCUGUUAAUGUGCGGAGAUCGCAGAUCGGUGCGGACUCUAGGGGGCGAAGGGCCUGUUUCCGCACUGUUUCUUUAAACUAAACUAAUGCAAACUAAACUAAACUAAACAUACUCAUAUUCCUUUCAGUUGCUGACACAAACAAACCUCCAAUUACCCUUGACCCGCAUGGAGUAAAAAUAAUCGAAGUCGUGCUUGGUAGUCCUGUGCAAUUAAUGUGCCAAGUUUAUUUUGGUUAUGAAAGGAAUUUUUCACCUGUUAUAAAAUGGUUAAUAAAUGAUGGCGAGAUGGAAAAUAUGGGAAUCCAGAAAGAAAAUGUUCUCUUAACAAAGACAGCUGAAGGAUUUACAUUCAUUCGGGAAGCAAACCUAAAAAAAGUUACCAAAGAAGACUUUAACACCAACUUCACCUGCUUCUCACAGAAUUCCCAGGGAAAUUCAUCUGGUGUGAUUAGGCUCAAAGAGAAAGUGUCUACCAUCUUUCAAAUAAAAGUGAUAACUAUAUCUACAUCAUUAAUAUUCAUGUCGAUUGUUUCUGGAUGCGUUGGAAUAUAUAAAUUUUGGAUUGAAAUUGUUCUCCUUUACCGACAUUAUUACUCAAAGGAUGAAACUAUUGGAGAUGGGAAAGAAUUUGAUGCCUUUGUUUCGUAUGCGAGUUCGUGUUCAUCAGGAGAUGAUGUUAAGAGUGAUGGCUAUUUUAUUACAGAAGAGAGGUUUGCCCUGGAACUGCUUCCUAGCAUGUUAGAGAAGCAGCAUGGUUACAAGCUGUGUCUGUUUGAGCGAGAUAUCCUGCCUGGAGGAGUUUAUACAGAAGAUGUCAUUUCAAGCAUAAAGAGAAGCAGAAGAGUAAUAAUUGUCCUAAGCCCAAGUUACUUUGCUUCAGCUGGAUCGAGGCUGUUUGAACUGCAGACAGGAGUCAACAGCAUGCUCGAUAAUUUCAGAACCAAGGUGAUUUUGAUUAACUUCCAUGUCCUACCCGAUGUAUCGCACCUUCCGGACAAUGUCAAACGGGCCAUUGCAGUAUUGCCAGGGAUAACAUGGAAAGGAAACAAGUCUUCUCCUCCAUCCUCAAAAUUCUGGAAGAUGCUCAGGUACUAUAUGCCAGUGAAAAAGAAUGAAUUAUGCAAGACCCGUCAAAACAUCGAACCUACAACAGUACAGCACAAGAAGAGCUCCUUUGGCCCAUAAUGUUUGUGCCAAAAAAGAUGCUAAGAGCAACUCUCAUCUGCCUGCAUAUAAUCCAUAUUCUUCCAGCUCCUCCAUGUUCAUAUGCCAAUCCAAAAGACUCUUAAAUACCACUAUCAUAUCUGCCUCAACCGCCAACCUCAGCAGUGCAUUCCAGGCACUCACCACCCAUUCUGUAAAAAAUCUUGCCCCGCACAGCCCCUCUAAACUUAGCCUCUCUCACUUUAAAUCUAUGCCCUCUAGUGUUUGACGUUUACAUCGUGGGAAAAAUGUUCUGUGAAAACCCUAUAUACGUUUCUCAAAAUUUUAUAUAUUUCUAUCAGGUCCCGCAACCUAAGGCAUUCCAGAGAAAACAAUCCAAGUCUCUCCAUGUUCUUAGGCACAGUGGUACAGCAUUAGAGCUGCCACCUCACAGCACCAGAGACCCCAGUUCGAUCCUGACUUUGGGUGCAGUCUGUGUGGAGUUUGCACGAUUUCCCUGUGACCACGUGAUUUUCCUCUGGGUGCUCCGUUUUCCUCCCACAUCCCAAAGAUGUGUGGGUUUGUAGGUUAAUUGGCCUCUGUAGUGUAGUGGGAUAACUAGUGCGAAUGGGUGAUCAAUGGUGCGCAUGGACUCGGCGGACCGAAGGGCCUGUUUCCAUGCUGAAUCUCUAAACUAAAACCAAACUUCAUACCCCUUAUCCAAACAUAAUUCUGGUAAACCCCCUCUGCACCUUUUCCAAAGCCUCAACAUACUACCUAUAAUGGGCCACUAGAACUCCAUACAAUACUCUGAAUGUGACCUAACCAAUUCCCAUAAAGCUGCGACAUGCCUUCUUGACUAUUGUACUCAAUUCCUCAACCUAUGAAAGCAAGCAUACCAUAUUUCUCCUUUACCUCUCUGUCUACUUGUGUUGCCACUUUCAGAGAGUUAUGGGCUUGGACACCAAGAUUCCUUGGUACAUCAAUGCCAUUAAGGAUCAUGCCAUUCAUUUUAUAUUUUUGCUUUACAUUAGACCUCCGAAAGUGCAACACUCCACACUUGCUCAGAUUAAACUCAAUCUGCCAUUUGUCCUCCUCUGUCCUAGGGGGAGCUUCCUGCAGCCGAGCUUGAAGGCACUGCAGGCAAUACCCUCUACUCCAGGCCCACUCCUCGUGUCUGUCAUUGCCAGCGACUCCCUUCUCGACUCUCCCAUCUUGGGAUCUUCCGAGCUUCCCCCCAUCCCACUGCAGGCAAUGGCCCGCCAGGCCCUUCUUCGCAGCGGUGAACUAGGCGUGCCGCAGCAUGUGGCCGCAGGUGAUCCAGUGGGUCUUUGUUCUCAUCGGCAGCAAAGUCCAUCGUUACUCUCGGACGCCUGCUGGGUCCCUCUUAUUCAGCACCGCACAGGCCGCUGGGUCCGCUCUUGCACAGCUCCACAGUACUCGUCGAGAGCUUCCCUUCUGCACCAUUGCGGCCCUCACUGGCACUUCCCUUGUUCAAGGCUCUUGCAAUCUCCUCUCUUGCCUGUCGAUCCUAUCCGGACCUUUAAUUUAAUCUAAACUUUGAUUUAUUUGUUACUAUCAUGUUUGUUAUUUGUCCAUUUAAUUCAGUUAUACAUUACAUAUUGUUUCAAAUAAGAGAGACACAAAAAGCUGUAGUAACUCAGCGGGACAGGCAGCAUCUCCGGAGGAAUGGGUGACGUUUUGGGUCGAGACCCUUCUUCAGACUCAAAAACUGAUUAAAGUACAUAGAAAUCACAAACUGUGAUUGUAUCAUUUAAUUUUAUAAGCUAUACAGAUGCAGAUUCUUUAGUUUAUGAAAACAUUUGGAUUUGCUGUUAAUAUUUUGAGUGAACUUUCUUCAUUAUAAGAACUUUGGCACUGUGUUGUUAAAUAAAGUAAAUUUCCAGCUUAGAAAGACAAGUAAUCGAAUGAAUGAAUGAAUGAAUGUAUAAGUUUAUUUGCCAAGUAUUCACAUACAAGGAAUUUGCCUUGGUGGUCCGCCCACAAAUUGUUGGAGACAAUUGUUGGUUUAGCAUUACAGUGAACCAAGGCAUUGCGGAGAAAAUGGUCUCUACGAAAUGCUUAAAGGAAUAGGGAUAGGAAGAUGUGACUGGUGGUGGCAUCAUGAUGGAGGUGAUCCGCUGUAUGGUCAUCUCCUAUCUCCAAAUCCCAUUUU